AUGCUAGGUCCACAAGACCAGCUCCAAGAUGGAUUGAAACAACAGUAGUUGAAGUAUCAGUCACUUAAGAAGCCUCAUAAAUAUUUCAGGCAAAUAUUCUCUGCUUGCAACUAGUCUUAAUACAGACUUGAUCAAUUAGACCUUAGAUACUAACCAAUUGAUCAUAUUUAUGUGAAAAUGUCACAAUUUAUUAAGGAUUUGAUUGAUAUCUAAGAGUAGUCAAAGAUUGAUGAAAAGAUUCCAAAACCAAAUUAGCUUUACAUCAUCAUAUGCGAUUAUAAGCAAAAAAUAAAAGAUUAACAGAUUGUUAAAGAUCAACAAAAUGAUGAUAUCUAAAUCGAUAAACAAAUCAGCAAAGAAACUUAAGUAUAGCAAUAAGUUGCCUUUACUGAUGUUGAUUUGAUAUAUAAAUUGCUCAAGAGUAAGUUCAACUUUAUAUUUUUGCUUCCUGAAUAACCACAUGAUGAUGAUUAUGUAAUUUUUAUAGUUGAUUUAUUUUCUAAGUGA